AUGCCAGGACCUCAGGCUCUAAUUCGAGGCUCAAAAAAAGAACUUCCGACCGGUGGGGGUGGUGGCAACUGUGCUUUUACAAAAUGGCCUGUCCCCAAGGAUUACGGCCCCGUGGCAAUUGCCGCAAAUCGAUGGAAUUCGGCUCAAGCCUGUGGCGCUUGUCUUGAAAUUAAGGGGCCUGGUGGUACAUUCAAAGGUAUAGUCAACGACCAAUGCGCUUCCGGUUCCAUAUAUGGAAUAAAGUUAGCCGCAACCAACAGCCAGGAAUCAUUCAAAUUCAAUGGUCAGAAAUUUAUUCCUUGUGGAUUCUCAAAGCCAAUCCUUUUCAUGAAUAAGACUGGAGUGAGCAAAUAUUGGAAUUCGAUUCAAGUCCAAGGUGCCAAUACGCCCUUGAAAGCCUUAGAAGUAUCAACAGGAGGAGGCUCGUUCACCCCUCUAGAGCUACAAUCAAACUCAAAUUAUUAUCAACCAAAGGAUGGUAAAGGCUUGGGGACAACAGCCGAUAUCAGAGUUACAUGUUUGUCCGGCAAGCAGUUUGUUACAAAAAAUGUUGACUUGGCAACCCCUGAAUCACCCAAACCAGCAUCCGGAAACUGUUGA